AUGAUGUUAACCUUAACUCAUGUUGGAUUUAAAAAAGGUGACACGAUUCCAUGUUAUUGGGUGUUAACACGUUCAGUUCUUUCAUUAUAUUCAAGCAAAGAAAGCUAUAAUGAUAUGAAACCUCCUAUCAAUUCUUUUAUGCUAGAAGAAAUUGAAACUGUUACCAUUGAAAAACUAACACCUUCAAUUAAUGUAUUAAUUGUUAAAGACAAAGACGAAACAGUUGAGUUAUUAGGGAGUGAAUCAUUAUUAAAUAAUUGGAUUAAUCAAAUCAAUAUUCUUAUGACUCAAGCUCAAUUGACUAAGUCAUCUAAAGUUAUAAACCAAAACGAAAAUAGUUAUGAAUAUUUUCCUAACCUCAUCAAUUAUAGUUAUAUGGUUUUUAUUUCUUUUUCAUCUAUUCAACUUGAAGAAAUAUCUUCUUAUUAUUUACUUUGUUUUAACCCCACACAAAAAUUUAAAGUGGAAGUGUCUCCUAGUGGUGUAAAGAAAGAUAAAAAAAUAAUAUUUCCAAUUGAAAAGACAUGUUAUAUCUUAUUGUCAUCAUAUCUUUUUAUUACGCUAAUCAAAAAAAUCUCAACAAAAAAAGAAGAAAAAAUAGCAGAAGCUAUUAUCCAUUUGUCCUCAAUUCCAAAAAAUGUUGUUUAUUUAUCACAAAUUAAAUUAGAACAAAACUCAAUGGAGAUUGGUGAACUUCAAUUCUCAGUGGACAUAAAAAAGAACUUAGUUAACGUGAUUGAGUCACCAGAUAUUCUUCAACACAAAAUAACUAAACAAGAUUAUUGUUAUAAUGCAGGAAGAAAAAGUUAUUAUAUUCUUCAUAAAGAAAUCACUAAAAAUAAAGAAGAAUUUAAAGGAAUUAUUUCUGGAAUUGGAAAAAUAGAACAUGUGCCAUUCAACCUUGAUUUAGAAGACUAUUUUAUGAAAGAGAAAGUCACAACAGAAAGUUUUGAAAAUAUCCCAUUAAGUGGAACUAUAACUCAGCAAUACCCAAAAGAUGAACGAUUAUUAGAUGAGUUAUGGAUGUUUUGUUUUCCUAAUGGAAUGAAGGCAAGUCAAUGCAAAAGACCUUUUGAAAAAAGAAUUUUUGAAAUAACAAAUUCAAAAGGAAAAGAGCGAUAUGGUUUUGCUUUUAUUAUUGAUAGAAAGAUUAAUGCCAAUGAAAUAAAGGAAAUUAAUAAAUGGAUUGAAAUAACAGAUGAAUGGUAUAUUCCAGAAGCAAUAUUUAUUGUCAGUGAAGAACAAUUAUUUGAAGAAAUGAAUGAUUGGUUACAAAGUAUUAUUGAAAACACUGAAAGUAGAGAAGAACAAUUUGCUCAAUUGUAUAUAACCCCACAAAUAAAGUAUGGGGAACAUAAAGAAAUUAAAAUAAAUGAAAAGAAAAUGAUUAUUGAAAAAGAGUAUAAAGGAGAUAUUAAAGAAACAGAAUUAGAAUUAUCAGAGUUAUUCUACCACUUUAGAAUCUCAGAAAUCAUUGACAUUUGGAGUGAAAUUAUUUUAUGUGAAAGAAUUAUAUUUACUUGUAAGAAUUACAAUACUCUUGUAAAAACAAUUGAAAUGUUUAAAAUUUUACUUUUUCCAUUAGAAUGGGUUUGUAUUUCAAUUGCAUUACUUCCUCGAAUUUUAAUUAAUCAACUAACAUCUCCAUUCCCUUAUAUAAUAGGAGUCCCUGGUGAAUAUUUCAAAGAAGCAGAAGAAAUAAUCAAAAACGAAGAUGUUAUCAUUGUAGAUAUUGAUAAAGGAAGUAUAGAAGUAAUGAAAAAAAAGAAAGAAAUUAUCAAAUUACCAACAACAAUUAGAACAAUAUUGACAAGUGAUAGUGAAUGGUGUUUAAACCAACUUAUUGAGAAAAAAUUAACUAAAAGAAUUUUCAAUGAAUAUAUCCAAUUAUGCUUUGUUAAAGGAAUAAGUUUAUUAAUGAAAGGAUAUGAAGAGCAUCUUGGAAUAAUGAAAAUUACAGAAAAUGAUAAUGUCUGUUUAUUUGAAGAUGAAUUUAUUAGAGAAAGAAGUAUAGAUGAACAUAACUUUUUAAAAGAAAUGAUAAAAACACAAAAUGUAGUAUAUUAUAUUGAAAAUACUUUAAAGAAUGUUGUAAAUAUUUGUAAUGAAUUUAUUGAUAAAAAUUUAUAUUUAUUACCAAUUAAACAAAUUAUUCAAAAAUAUGGAAAAAAUGAACAAAAUUUAUUUCAACCAUUAUUAUUGGAACCAAAAGAUGAGAAAUUAUUUGAAAAAAGCAUUGUUGAAUGGAAGAUUAAUAGUAAUAUAAUAAAUAAUAUUAUUACAAAAAAGAUGAAAAGUUCAGAAGAACAAAAUAAUGAUAAACAGAUACAAUGGAAAGGCGAUAUUCAUAAAAUCCAUAUAAUUAAAGAGAAUAUUACUAUUAAAGGUUAUUCUUAUAUUUCAUCAUUUAUUCAAAGACAUAAUCAUGCAAAAAAUAAUGAAUUUAAAUUGGAUGAAUUUAAAAAUUGGGUUGAUAAAAAGAAUGAUAGAACCCAAUUUUUAUUAACAUUCAACAAACGCAAGAAAGAAUUAAAUAAAAUAAGAGAAACUAUUAACUUGAGAGAAACAGAACUAAAUGAAAUUUUAACUAUAUUAAAUUACUCAAGUCUAAAAAGUGAGACUGAACAAGACGAUGAGUCAAUAAGUUGUAUUAUUAUGCUAUGUGAAGGAAUGAGUUAUGGAAAUGGAUGUAAUGAUUUACUCCAAAAAAUCAUAAAAAGAGAUAUAAUGUAUCAAUUUAAAGUAUGGAAUAGAGUUGCUAAGAAAAUGAUUAACAAUUCUAAAAAAGAUAUUAGUGGAUAUAAUGGAUUAUUUACAUUAAACCAAAUUAGAAGUGAUAAAGAGAAGUAUCAAGAAUUUUCUGAUAAGGAAUAUGAUAAAACUAUUAGUACGAUUCAUUCAUUAGUUAAGAUGAUGUUAUCUAUCAAAACCCCAAAAAACAUUAUUAACAAAUUAUGUGAAAAUUGUUAUGCAGUAUUGUAUUUAACUGAGUCUCAACGUAAAGAAGUAAAUACUCUUGUAUCAAAUAUAACUGAAAUUUAUUAA